CAGAUACCUCUUUCUUCCUGCGCUCUUCUUGAACCAGAGUAGAACUUCUGCAGACUGUAGGGUCAAUGGCUGAUCACCAUCAUGAUCAUGACCACCACAACCAAGGCCAUGAACAUCACCACCAUCAUGAUCAUGAGCAUGAUCAUAGCCAUGGGAGUUCAGGAACAAAUUCAUGGGUAGGCCCAGAUGGGAAGGUGUACCAUAGCCAUGAUGGGCUGGCGCCACACUCGCACGAACCCAUAUACUCCCCUGGCUACUUCAGCAGAAGAGCUCCACCUCUUCUCACCAGGAAUUUCAGUGAAAGGGCUUUUACUAUUGGCAUUGGUGGACCAGUUGGUACUGGGAAAACCGCUUUGAUGCUGGCUCUGUGUACGCUUUUGCGUGACAAGUACAGUCUUGCUGCUGUGACAAAUGAUAUAUUCACAAAAGAGGAUGGUGAGUUCUUGGUGAAACACGGGGCACUUCCUGAAGAAAGAAUACGUGCUGUUGAAACUGGGGGAUGCCCGCACGCUGCAAUUCGUGAAGACAUCAGCAUUAAUCUAGGCCCUCUCGAGGAGCUUUCUAACUUGUACAAGACAGACAUACUGCUUUGUGAAUCAGGCGGAGAUAAUUUAGCUGCGAACUUCAGUCGGGAACUGGCUGACUAUAUCAUUUACAUAAUAGAUGUAUCUGGUGGUGAUAAAAUUCCACGAAAAGGUGGUCCUGGAAUCACCCAAGCUGACCUACUAGUGAUCAACAAGACCGACCUUGCACCAGCAGUUGGAGCUGAUUUGGCCAUAAUGGAACGUGAUGCACUUCGAAUGCGAGACGGA